UGGCAGGUCAGCGGUCGGAGGGAGGACAGAGGUGAGGGAGGAGAGUGAGGAGAGUGAGAAGAGAAGAGGUUGAGGGAGGAGAGGAGUAGGAGAGCACAAGUCUCUUCUUCUUUCUUUUAGGAAGGAGCACGGACGCCGGGAUCGCGAUGACUUAUCUCGAGCAACGCAUUGGCUGAUCGACUGCGCUGACUUCGGCCACCGCGACCUCGGGAUCGCGACGACAGACGUCGACCCAGUCUCUCAGUUCUGUGGCGAAGUAUCGUCGGAAUCCCGAGAAGUGUCGUCGACUCGUCGGGAUCCCGAUGGCUGGAAGAAGUGCCCGCCAGCUAUGUCGGAGCUUGCUGGCUGGAAGAAGUGCCCGCCAGCUAUGUCGGAGCUUGCUGUUGAUGGUGGCCCUUGUUGCUGGGCUGUGUGUCGGUUGUCUUAUUGCCACCCCUGUGGAUGGUAAGAGUGGUCUUGCUGGCUAUCAUGGGGGAUACAACACACCCUCUGGUGAGGGUGAGUGGUCGAGAGGGGGGGGUAUGGCUGCCCCCUUCCUGCGCCUGAAUAGCCAGGGAGGUGGUCAGGGUGAAACCGGAGAGGAGGGGUUGGAAGACAUCAUGGUUGAAGCUGUCGAUUUCGCAAGACAGGAUGGGGAGAAGGAAGGUGGACAAGAUGAUGAUAAUGUGUCCGAGAAGACCAGAUUGGAGGGAUUUCAGGCGUUCGUGGGAAAGCCGCGGGUCGUCGUUGACACGGAUGCGGGGUCGGUGACCACGUGGAGGCUGAAUGUGAGCACUCACCGGCACAGAGAGAUUGGGAUCGGUAUCCUCAGAAUCAACUCGAAUGCGAUGAGCUUACCCAUGUACUUCAACUACGACAUGGUCUUCUUCGUCCUCCAAGGACGUGGACGCAUUGAGUUCCAUCUUGAAGGCAAGCACUACGUGAAGAAACUGUCGACAUCUGACGUGUACGGGGUGCCGUCGGGACACAUGCUCUUUUUCGUCAAUUCCGGCGGCGACGAGGUUAUGGAAGUGUUCGGAAUGUCCAGCGUGGUGGAGGGUGUUGAAGGCGCGCGCGCUAAGCGCUUUUCUAUUGGGGGUGGAGAAGCUCCUACUUCCAUUUUGGGAGGAUUUGACAAGAAGAUACUGGAGGCAGCUCUGCACGUGAAGCGGGAGGAGUUGGAAAGCCUGUUGACGUCUCACUCUUCCGGGGACAUAGUCUAUCUGAAUGACCGACGGGCUCCUAAGCUCACUUCUUCCCAGAGCACGGUAGAGGGGGAGGUUAUGGAGGAGGAAGAGGAGAUUCCCGCUGUUGAGGGUCUGCCGUCUGACAACAAGUGGUGGCUGGAGAAUCCGUACAACGUAGAGAAGAGCAAAGCUGACUUUUCCAGCCGAAAGGGGUGGUCCACUGUCGUCGAUGAGAAGAAGAUGACCUUCCUCAAACACGUUGACAUGGGGGUAUUUCGUGUCAAACUAUCCAAGGGAUGUAUGAUGCUGCCACACUGGAAUCCUGAUUCGAUUGAGGUGGGCAUGGUCACGGCAGGCCGCGGAUUGGUACAAGUGGUUUUUCCCAACGGAACAUCAGCGAUCACGGAGGAGGUUCAGAAGGGAGACCUGUUUGUGGUCCCAAGGUUCCAUCCUGUGGUACAGGUGGCGUUAGGGGAUGACCCGUUUGAGUUUGUGGGGGUUACUACGACUUCUAGGCCAGCGCGCCCUUACUUCCUUGCAGGCCUGACAUCCGUGCUACACGAUGUUGAUUCCGCGUUGUUGGGCACUUCGUUUGACAUUUCUGAAGAGAAGGUGAAGCGGCUGCUGCAGAAAUCGCAGACUGACACAGUCAUGUCAGGCUUGGAAUCGAUGCACUCGAGGGACGAUCUCUAGAUUUUAGCUUUGUCAAUGACGUCAAGUGGGGGGAGGGAGAGGGAGACUCUGGGAGAGAAUAGAGCCUAUUAGAGGGAGAGAAGGGAAGAGGAAGAGGAACAGGCUUUCCAUCCAUCAUGACAACGGCCUCUCAUCAUUACGCAGAUUACUUUAGUAGAGAGGAAGAAGAAAUAUCUUCUGGUGUACAUUGUGCAAUAAUAGAACGCUGAAUGUUCAUGAUGAGGGGGUCAGAUGGGGAUCUAGUGGGCCUUUUGUGGGGCCGUAGUGGGGCCUUCUGAUGGAGACGAAGGUGGGAGGGUGCUGUUUGAUGGUUACUCUUUGUGUGGAGAGAUGGUAGGGAGGGAUGGAUGGUGGGAGGGCGAGGAGGAAGGGAGACAAGGAAGGAUAACGGAAGGUUCCGAUACAGUGUAGCUGGUUGUUGUCGAGGUGGAGUCUCCCUCGAUUGGUCACGUGUUGGUCGGCCCUGCCUCACGUCCUCGUCCCCAUUGCAUCAUGUACUAUGCACUGUAUGCAGUACCAUGCACCAUCUUCCAACAGUGAAUACUGUUCGAGUUUGUGUCCAGGUGACUGAGGUGGAGGAGUCUGAGGACACUGAAUCUGAUGUCCCGGUGAAAAUAGUUUCAUGGUCAGUGAAAGAGAGGACUCGGAUGAAUUAGGAAAGGAGUCAGCAAAAGGGUUAUGCACCAUCUUCCUACAGUGAAUACUGUUUAAGUUCGUGUCCAGGUGACUGAGGUGAGGAGUCUGAGGACACUGUUGUCCCGGUGAUCUCAUGUUCAGCGGAAGGGAAGACAAUGAAUUAGCAAAGUCAGCAAAAGGGUUAUGCAGUCUUCCUACAGUGAACACUGUAGUGUGUGUCCAGGUGAGGACACUGUUGUCCCGGUGAAGAUAGUCUCAUGGUCAGUGAGGAGUCUGUGGUUACAGUGACAGGAGUAGUAGCCUAGUAGGUAGUUGAGGUGAGGGAGAUGGAGACAUUGGAGACAUUGGAGAGGUGGGGUAUGUCAUUGUCCCGUUACAGUAGGGAAGGGGUUCGGUGAGAGACAAAUCAGAGAGAGAAUGUGAGUUCCAAUGAUGCAUUGUCCUCGAGCCUAUCUACGACCGAAAUUGUCCAAGAACAGGGAAUUGAGAAAAAGAUGAAAGUGAAGAAUAACCUUUGCCAUCAUCGUACAGUAGUCAGAAUAGGAAAAGAGGAGAUGAAAGUGAAGAUUAGCCCCUUCACCACAGUAACUUUGUCUUGUAGUUAAUGGCCGGGCUGUCUCUACAGUCCAUGGCUGGGCCGUCACUACAGUUAACUUGGUCUUGUAGAAGUUCCUAGUCGCCCUUCAUGUUUUGCACAGAAGUCAGAAUAGGAAAAGAGGAGAUGAAAGUUAAGAAUUGUAGAAAUUGUAGUCAAUGGCUGUUCAGAAUAAUCCUUGAUGUUUUGUACAGAUGUCAGACUAGGAGAAGAGGAGAUGAAAGUGAAGAUUAGGCCCUUCAGUACAGUAACUCCGUCUUGUAGACUUGUAGUCACAGUAACUUCGUCUUAUAGUCAAUGGCUAGUCAGAAUAACCCUUACAGUAGUCAAUAGGAGAAAAGGAGAUGGAAGUGAAGAUUAGGUAUUUCACUACAGCAGUAACAAGCUAUUCGUGAAAAGUGGACCAAGAAAGUCCAGUCUGCAAAGUCCGCAAUGUUUUACAUAGAAAACUAUUUUCGGUCGAACGCAAUGUGACUCGAGGCUCAUAUGUCACCACAAGGAAAACCUAUUUUUAGCAAAACGGAAAA